AUGUGCCGGAGUUUCGUCCACCGCGACUUGUCCACCAUAAUCAACUCCCGCCCGGUCGAGGCUGCUGAUUUUGCCAUCCUCAAAUUGCGGCAUCGACCAGUUUCGGCCCCUUGGCGCUCGCAGCGCAGCUGGAAGUGCGCCGCACCGGUCGCAACCAAGCGUGGUCACGAAGAAGUGGAACUGGAUUCCGAAGAGGAAUCGGAAGAUGAGGGGGAUGGGGACGGGGAUGAGGCUGGGAAGAAGGCGAAGGAAGGCAAGAAGCAGAAGAAGAAGAAAAAGAAGGAGGAGGACAAGGGCCGGGAGAAAUGGAAGUGGAAAUAUUCCACUUUGAGGAUCAAGCGCAAAAAGCUCCCCGUGGUGGCUGGCUAG